AUGUUAGGAAUAGUCUAUCACAAAGUCGGUCGCAACAAACAAGCCAUCGCUUGCUUCGAACGUCAACUGGCUUUGUCAACUAUUCAGAAUGACAGACGAAUUAAACGACGAGCGCUUUGCAACCUGGGAUGCGCUUCAAGACAAGCUCAAGACUAUGGCCGCGCGCUUGACUGCUUUGAAGAAGGACUGGAGUUGGCGAAGAUAGAAAACGACAAAAAGGCCGAAGGCAAAUUCCUGAACAACUUAGCGCGUGCCUACGAGUGUAUGGCGGAUUUCGAGAAAGCCAUUAAAUACUACGAGAUGCGAUUGAAGUUGGCGGUGUCUGUACGCAAUAAAAUCGCAGAAACUAAAUGCUACGCAAGCAUUGGCAAUGUUUUGCACGUCUCAGGAAACAUCCGGGAAAGUAUCAAAUAUUUUGAACGUGCUGCGGUUUGCAUCAAACUGAAAAUAGUUACAAACAAUCAGCAAGCAACAGCAUGGCAACAUAGCGAAUCAAACAAUAGCCUAGAUGAGCGAUCAUAAAGACGAGGUAACAACUUCAGAUUCAAACCAAAGAAAUGAACAAAUAUAAAGUUUAAUUUCUACGAUGUCUUCUUUCAGUUGCUGUUUGUCUGUUUUUAUCAAGCAAACAGUCGCUGAAAGAACACAUCAAGGAGAUAUAUGCAAAACAAUGGCAGUAUUACACUCUUUUACUCCAAGUGUUUUGAAAGUGUUGCGCUAUGCAUCAAUAAGUUCAAGUUUCACUAGGAAAAACUCUUAUUAAAAACAACUAUUGUACUUAACAGAGUGCACCCAGAAACACAUUCCAAGUGGAAUACUUUGGGUAAUGCUGCAUGAAAUGAAAGUGUGUAAAAACUAGUAAGUAAAAAGUAUUAUAUAAAGGAUCGAAAUCAGCAAAAAUACUUGUUAAAAUAAUCAAACUAUAAAUUAUAUAUAUAUAUAUGUAUUGGACUGUAUAUACAUGAAAUUGGAAGUCUGUGGUAUUGUCGGAAUGCAUACAGCUAGCAUUUUGGCCAUGUAGCAGAAAACUUUGCUAUGAAAAUUUCUGUAAAGUGACUUUCUUUGCUGCAAGGUUUGUCAAGAUCCUGUAAAGGAGUUUUGAACUGAAGUCAAAGUAAACGUGGACAAAAUGCACAAGAAAAAAGGUUGUCAUAUCAAAAGAAAUUUGAUAAAGAAAAAACACGUGAAUACAAGUGACGAGUUUUGCUGUUGUUCUAUUCCGCGAAAUUGACUUAAAUUUUUUUUUAAUGGUUUACAAACGAGUAUUUUCUGCUUUUUACAAAAUGAGAAAACAUUUAUUAAGAGAUAAUAAAGGUUUGUGAUAAACUCUUA